GAGAGGUGCAGUGGACGAAAUCACAUCGUAGGGGGAGUAAUAAUGUGACACAAACCAGCAGCAAGAAUAUUCAUGUGGACUGUGUGCGGCAGGUUUAACAUGCACUUUCGUUUCGGACCAACUUUGGCCAAGUCGGUGGGAACCUGGUGACCCCACUGUAUACCCCGAGGCUGCGUUGACAAGUUGGGAGAGGGAGGAAAAAAAGGACUCGCAUCACUAUUUUUAAAUGGGUACAGUGAGAUUUUGGGGGGCGUGGACGGUAGAGGAGCAGCAGUGAGCAUGUUGGCUCUUGGCUGCAGUUCCAGUGUAGUGAUGUGCCGGCUGGAAGAACCGGACAACGCGUAGACUGAGCGGUUGGACGCGGAACCGUGCGGUUGCCGUCAAUCGUCGGCAGCCGACUUUCUGUUAUAUUGAAGCCUGUUGGGUGUUAUUUGGAUUUAUUUCUUCAACGCGCUGACGUUUGGCGAUACAGAAGACUUAAAGGACGGAGCCGAAGCUACUGAAAGGUUUUGUUUUUUUUUUUUUAAGACGCAGCAGCUGCCGUGCGUAACAGACGAAAUUUAGCCGAAUAGCUAUUUGAAUGACAAUAGUUUGAGGCAGUCGCUUUCAUAUUUGUUUAAGGAGCCUAGUUAUUGGAACAGACUGCACAUGGUAAGUCGCUCUGGACGAGUAACAUUGAUGUUCAAAUGACAUUUGGGAUUUGAAAGCUGUCGCAAGUGAAACUGAAGUGAUCUUCAUUUGUAAAUAUUGACAGGUGUUACAGUCAUAGGGAGUGUAUUAAACUGAGCCUUUAAUUCACUUACGGCUGUGUUAUGUCUUUAAACAUCGCGGACUCAUAAGGGUGGAAUGGUAAUCAAACCUGUGCUAUGGAUAAUCCUGAAUUUGUUUAAUCCAGCUAUUUUAAUACUCGGGAAAAACACACACAUUGUUAUUAACAACCUUAUGAUGUGUUCGGAACGCCGAAUGGGAAAGUAACCAUCACUUUAGUCUCUUCUUCCCUCCGAGUUGAAGCCGAUCUGGCAACAGCCAAAAUGACAAGCAACGGACCUGUCAUCGUCUUCGAGUGGCUGAAGACCCUCCAGCUCGCCCAGUAUGUCGAGUCUUUCGUGGAUAAUGGAUAUGACGAUCUGGAGGUUUGCAAACAAAUAGGAGACCCUGACCUGGAUGCCAUCGGCGUCUAUAUCCCUCACCACAGGCAGAGGAUUCACGACGCGGUGAGAAGGCUAAAGGAGGAAGCCAAAGAGACGGCCAGUGGACUGUACUUCACCUUGGAGCCGAUGCCACCCGCAGCCGAGAUUUAUACCAGUCACAUGGUAGACCAGUAUGAGUCCAAACUGCGGGGAUCCAAGUCCUGGACCGAGCCAAACAGUGACCGGGUUGGGCGCAACGGUGGGUACAUGGGCGCGCAGAGGAACCUGACGCUGGGCAACAGGAGGGAGCUGGUGAUAUAUCCCAAGCUGAAGCUGAAGAUCAUGAUCAGGGAUAAACUCAUCAGAGACGGCAUCAACCUCGCCAAGCCACCCUAUUCUAACAAGGAUGGUUCUCUGGGCAACAUAGAUGACCUUGCCCAGGAGUACUCUGAGUACUACAACACCUGCUUCAGUGACGUCAGUGACCGCAUGGAGGAGCUACGCAAGCGACGAGUCUCCCAAGAGCUUGACAUGGAGAAACAGGAUCCAAGCAGCACCUCUCUACAGCUCCGUAAUGAGAUCCAGGAAUCAUUAGGCUUCAGCAGUGAGGUGUCGACUCCAGAAACAGACAGAAAAAUGCCCCUGCACAAGUCCAGCUCUGAAGAUGGAUCUGGAGGCAAAUGGGACAACAAAAAGAAAAACAAAUCUUUUUGGCAGAAUUUCCGCAAGUCUCAGCAUAAACCUGUCAUGCGACAGACAUCCAAAGGAGAGGAUAUUGGCUAUGUGGCCAGUGAGAUCACCAUGAGCGAUGAAGAGCGAAUCCAGCUGAUGAUGAUGGUGAAAGAAAAGAUGAUCACCGUAGAAGAAGCUCUGGCUCGGCUGAAGGAGUAUGAGCGCAGCAGACAGUCCAGCAGUACUGACACUGCAGAGUGGACUGAGGGAUCUGCACCCAAUCUAAACCAGUCCUCAAACUGCAACUCUCGUGAACAGUCAGACGAUGAGCAAUCAGAGGAUUCAGUGAAGUUCAAACGGCUUCACAAACUGGUCAACUCCACACGCCGGGUCAGAAAGAAACUUAUCAAGGUGGAAGAGGGCAAGAAACAUGGCUCUGAAGAUUUUCUGAAUCUGGAGGCACCUCCCACCUGUGAGGACAACACAGCUCUGUAUACAGGGGUCCUAAAGAAGCCCCCUUUGCCCCAGGAGGCCUCUCUGCCCUCCCUCACCCAGGAUCAGCUCUCCCUCGAUGGAGACACAGACAGUCUGACCACCUCCCCUUCCUCUAGCAGCUUGGACACCUGGUCUGGACACAAGCUGGUCAAAACCUUCAGUAAGUCCUCCAGCACCCACGGUCUCAUCCGGCCCCCCAGGAGAACCCCGGUUGGCUCUGGGGGCCUGGGAGGUUCCAUCUCUGGCGUUGGAGGUAGUGGCUCUUCCUUCUCGGAGUUGGAUGGCUGUGGAUUGGACGACGAGGGGAAACUGUCACGCUCCACGACCGACGGCGAGAUGCGGAAGGCCCUGAGCUCCAUCUCCCACGGGGUAAGUAGCAACGAAGCCCUCUAUGCCUUCUAUGGCCUCACCAAACCUCGUCCCAAACCCCAUGCCCAGUCUCGCCUCCUGAUCUCGCUGGAUGACGGCCCACAAGGCAGCCCCAAACACCAACCUGCCAACCGGCACCACAGCAGCUGGACACACCGGAAACCUGACCCCAACUACGCUUACUCCACCAAGCACCUACUGUACCAGCGUUCGCGCAAUGCCAAGACCCCUGUCUCCCCUCUGUCUGUCACUCCCUCUUCCCCUGCCCGCUGUGAUGUAGCCAAAUCAAAGGGUUUUGGAAGUGGGGGAGGGGGCUGGGUGUUCCCCUCCCGGAGGCUGCGCGGCCGAACAGCUGUCAGUGAGCUGAACAUCACCUAUGUGGUAGAACGGAGCCUAUACGGUCACCUCAACUGGGCCCAGCUGGUCCGCCCAGUUACCCUCAGCCGCGCUGAGCGCCGCUGUCUAUUGGAGGAGGACCGCGAGGCAGACAGGAAGUGGGCGGCCAGCGUGGACCGCUGUACCAAGCGUGUGCUCUUGCGCAUCCAGCAGAAGUCUAGAACGUGCAGUUUCGGAGGCUUUGACCUGUCCAACCGUUCGCUCCAUGUGGUCAACACUGGCUCGGAGGCCAAUAAUAAAGAACAGGAGGCUAUAUACAGAGAAGUGGUCAAAUCCCCCACCACGUCUCGGAUCUCACUGGGCAAGAAGGUCAAGUCGGUCAAGGAGACGAUGAGGAAACGCAUGUCGAAGAAAUACAGCAGCUCCUUGUCUGAACAGUCCAGUCCGGAUGGAGCCCCUGGUUCCCCUCAGUCCCCUCAGCCUGACACCGACUCUCUGGAGAAGCCGAAGCUUAAAGCUGGAGGCUCAGUGGAAAGUCUGCGUAGUUCACUCAGCGGACAGAGUUCAAUGAGUGGUCAGACAGUGAGCACCACUGACUCAUCGGCCAGUAACAGAGAAAGUGUGAAGUCAGAGGACGGUGAUGACGAGGAGCCACCUUAUAGAGGACCGUUCUGUGGUCGUGCCCGAGUCCACACCGACUUCACCCCCAGCCCCUACGACACAGACUCCCUCAAACUGAAGCGUGGUGAUGUGAUUGACAUCAUCAGUAAGCCACCCAUGGGAACAUGGAUGGGCCUGCUCAACAACAAAGUGGGAACCUUCAAGUUCAUCUAUGUAGAUGUGUUGAGUGAAGAGGAGGAGAAACCCAAGAGGCCUGUGAGGAGAAGGAGGAAGGGCCGACCGCCCAAACCCACCUCUGUGGAGGAGCUGUUGGAGCGCAUCAACCUCAAGGAGCACAUGCCUACUUUCCUGUUCAACGGCUACGAGGACCUAGACACAUUCAAGUUGCUUGAAGAGGAGGACCUGGAUGAGCUGAACAUCAGAGAUCCUCAGCACAGAGCUGUGUUGCUCACCGCUGUAGAGCUGCUACAAGAGUAUGACAGCAGCAGUGAUCCAGAGCGCAGUGGCCUGUCAGGCUCCCAGGAGAAGCUGCUGUCUGAGGGUCGGGGCCUGGUGGGUGACUCCCCGCGGGACUCCGGGUGCUACGAGAGCAAUGAGAACCUGGAGAAUGGUAAGAGCAGGAAAACAUCCCGUUCCAGUCGUUCUUCAGCAGGGCUCCAGUCUCCAGACUACCCCACCCUGCCCAUGACCCUCUCAACAGAGGCUCUACAACAGAACAGCAAGAACCAGCGCACAAAGUUCCCAAAAAGCUUCUUCAUCAAACCCUCCCUGAAGGGCUUCAACCUGCUGGGGCUGCGCAAAGCCCAAAGACAGUCCCCGAUCCCAGCCAGCCGCAGCUGCGAGGACCUGGAUGGACCCCCGCAGCCCACCGGACCCUGGAAACGCUCCCACUCUCUGGGAGAUCUGCACUGGGAGCAGUCUUACGAGCAGAAAAAGGAUGUGGGUGUGGAGUUUAAACCCCCCAAGGAAGGAUCCAAAUCAGGCAGCAGUAGCCCCACCAAGGCCUGUAGAGAACAGGGUUCCCCAGCUCAUAAUGGGACUCCUACAGUGAGCCCCAAAGGAAGGGCUGAGAGACCGCCCAUACCCUCCCUGCUGCCUCUCCGCCCCCCUUGUCCCACAACCCAGUCCCCCACUCACCCAGAGCUCCUCUCCAGUCCUACUCCAAGUCCCCCUGAGUCUAGUGGGGAGAAGGUCAUUCGGACUCACCCCAAAAAGCCUCCGGUCCCCCCUCCAGUUCCUGCCAAAAAGUCCAAGGAAAGACUAGCCAACGGCCUACGUCACCCCCCUCUCUCCCUGCCCUCCUCACCAUCUCCCACUCCCUCCCCUACCCACUCCUUAACCCGUUCUCACCCCAGCAGCCCCAUAAUUCGAAGCAGCAGCAGCAGCAACAGCAGCAGCAGCCCCGUUGCCCCCGCUCUACCUGCCAAGACCCCGAGCACCCCGGCCAGCCCCUGUGCCACUUCAUCAGCCUCAUCCAUGGGCGAGGAGCCGGGCACUCCCCCAACAGUCCAGCCUCCGUGGCUCUCGGAUCUCGGGGGCAAGGUGGCUGUCGCAAGAAAGGUUUCUCAUAAUAAGAUGAGCCCUGACCUGUUCACCCUGCUGGAGCAACGGCUGGAGGCCGAGGGAAUUGACUUAACAGAGGAGCCCUACUCUGACAAGCAUGGCCGGUGUGGAAUCCCCCAGCCUCUGGUUCAGCGUUACUCUGAGGACCUGGAGCAGCCCGUCAAGGAUGUGGCCUCCACCAUGGAUCAGCUCCGAGUCAAAGAGCUCCGUAAACAACACCGCAUGGCUAUCCCCUCUGGAGGUUUGACAGAGAUGUGCCGAAAGCCGCUUCCCUCAGGUAACAUUAGCACAGUCUCUGAUUGGCUCAUCUCUAUCGGCCUGCCCAUGUAUGCCGCACCCCUGGCAUCAGCGGGAAUCGACACUCUGAGUCGCGUGGCCUCGUUAACGGAGAGUAGCGCGUGGGAGGCCGGGGUGCGGGAUCAAAGGCACGCCCGCCGGCUGGUCAGUGAGGCACGACUGGUCAGAGAGCAUAGAGAGGUGCAGUCCUAACCAUGUUUUUUGGAGUCGGGUUGGAUUAACAGGUAUCAACUCACUGGUCAGUACCGUCUCAUUUAUACACGGUCAGUAGUAGAAUGGUAAAUUGGCCACAGGACUGAACUACCACGUAGGUGACCACAGCACUGCAGUACUUCCUGUCUCGCAUGCGUCAAAAAACUGAAAGUGAGCCGCCCCUGCUCUCUGAUUUUGUCUCUAUCAUUCAGACUUUUCUCAAAUGUUUACGGCAUUGAGGAGUUUCUCCUAACAGCCAAGAAAAGAUAUCAGAUGCCUUUAAAAAAAGAAAGAAAGAAAAAAAAAGAAGAAUAUAGACUCACGCUGUGGGAUGGCUUCCACUCUGAAGACACCCUCAAAGUCUUAAAAUAAAGACUUGGAUCUGCCUUUAAGGAAGAUAGCACACUCUUUUGUAAGAUGGAUGUGUUUUUUAAAAAAAAAACAGGAAGACAGUUUAUCUCCUGCAUAUUUCAUAAGUGCUUCAUUUUCAUCUCUUGCAGCAAAGCAACAUUAUCUGAGGGUCUUUUAAGGAAGUAGCUUGGCCAAAGUGAUUUCCUUUGCACUCGGCGUCUCAUUCCCACUAAUAGGUUCAUAAUGACGAUGACUGCAUUCACUCAAUGUCUGGACUUCUAAUCCACUAAACACAUACAGCAAACAAGGAAUAACUGGUGGUUUUGAGAUGGCUUACUUUGUAUUAUGUUUCUGUAUUAUAGCAUAACACAUAUCUUAAUUUUAAAAUGAUUUAUAUGUUAAAAUUUGUGUUUGCCUUUUGAAUGUUGCAGCCUUAUUUUGAGGCCAGCUCUCAGUCAUUUCUAAGCUGAAACAGCUGACAUCACGCCCUUGUAUUUCAUAUUAUACUCUAUGUCCUAUUUCACUGCAUAAUUUGGAUGCACACCCAGCUCCAAUAUGAAUAUGAGUCUUACAGAAAGCUCUGUUUUACUCCAGUUACCACAAUCAGCUUUCACAGCAACAGUACAUUCCCUGUGUAUCCAAGGACAUUUUAAAUUGCCUUACGUUUAUGAAUGAAUAGCUGAAAGAAAUAGAACAUAUAGUGUGACUUGAGACUGAACUGUGCUAAAGGUGGAGGUCUUUCAUUUCUGAAUGCGUCAAAUGUCUGAGAAAUAAUUGAGACCGAGAUUUUGUGAACACACACUCCAGAUCAUCAGAUGUGGACCACAGAAUAUGUUUCUGAGGAACUGUGGUUUUUAAUCUCAUGAAGCACAGAUGAUAAACCACAAAACCACAGGCAUGGCACACACGUCGCCUCAUGUUGAACAUCCUUUCAUUCUGUUCAACACAUUCACCAAACAUGUUCUACGCAGAGAGUCAUGGGACAGGGAGGGAGGAGAGAAAAAAAAAUGUUCCAAAGACACAGCUGACAUCUGGGCUGUCAUAUCUGGAAUUUAUUGACUGUCUACACUUUGGUUACAACAUGAAAAAAACAUUGAUUUAUAACUUGAUAAUAAGCUGUUUGGGACUUUUUAAACACAUUAUAGUGUAGCUAUAGCUAAUGCAAGUCUGAAAUUCUUGAUUGGACAUUUGUCAAACACACUGAGGGUAGAUGGUAAGAGCAGUUAUAUCAGGUGAAGAGCUGACCUCCAAGGUCAGCGCACACUAUGACACUAAAUAGUCUUGAAAAUCAGGGAAACAGAGUCGGGUCAUUCUCUUACGAAAACUCUGGGCCAAAAACAAAAACUGAAAACAACCAGAAACUCUUCGCUCUUUCAUUUGCACACAUUUGCAUAAAAUGGAUCUAACACAUAUUCAAAUAUUCCUUGUUUGUGUUUCUUUCUCCUUUUUUCUAACAGUAAAAUCUUUCAUAGCCAGAGCUGAACUGAAGACUUAUUUCAUAUUUAAAUUUGACCAAGUGUUAUUGCUGAAUAGCUAAAUGCUUUUUUUGCAGUGGGCACUUGAUAGAUAGAUAUUUGAUGCCUUUUUUCUCUUCAAUCAAAGUGGUGCUCUGGAAGAGUGAGGACAGGGGGGUCAUUAUCAAAUAAAAAGUACAAGACCCAUGAAGUGUUUUGUAAAGAAUGAAAAUACUGACACUGUAAAUGCACUUUAGAGGGUAAAUCUAGCUGUUUUAUAGGUGAAAUUGGCUACAUUUUGUUCACAUGUCCACAAAUGGGCAUCUGUUGUCAGGUAUUGUUAAGGGUUACAGUGGGUUAUGCUGGUAUUUUAAUUUAGUUGAGUUCCCGAUGCCAAGUUUAAUAACAAUUCACAAGUUAACCUGUUCCAGUUACUUAACUUCCAGUUUGUUUUUGCAGUCUUACAAAAAAUUCUUAAUUACAUAUAUGAAAUGCUUAGCAGAAGUUGCACAUUCUGUAUAUGUAAUUGAUAUUUAAAUAACUUAUUUUUUGCUUUUUUUCAUAUCAACUGUAAUUAGCUGUACUAUAUGAAUAGCAAUACCUUCCUGCAUAAUGCAUAUUGCUUUAGCCAGUGAGGAACUACAGUAUGUAUUGUAAAAUAUGUGUACAAAUUAUUUUAUUUGGUUUUCAUCUACCUAAUGAUUGUCCAUACAGAUUUGCUUGUGUAUUGAAACAAAAAAGUAAUGUCCAUAACUAUUUGUCAUUCUGAAAUAUAAUAAAAACUGUUUCUUGCCAUA